AUGAAACCAAAAGGGCCGAGUCGAGAUAGCAACGAGCGGAGGAGGCGCUCGCGGAUAUAUAUCAAAGAGGACAGUGAUGAUGAACCGCGGAAAAGCUCGAAGAAAAAGCAGCCGUCCAAAGAGAAGCGAAACCCCAUGCAACAUGUGCAAGAGCAUACAAAAUCAAUGGGCGGGUUGGCCGACCCAGAUACGGGCCCUGCAAAGCGGUCAGGAACACCGGUUCCUUUGUCAGCCUACAAUACUUCUGAGAGUGUUUCGCCUCAAUUCUCGGAUUCUCAUGAGUCGAGGACGAUACACCGGACUGGUAGAGACACACCUCGUCGACAAAUGUCAGGGCAAGAUGCUCAAGCAACGAAACAAUCGCAAGCACGACCUAGAACGAGAACAUUGGAGGAACAUCUCAAAGAACGGUCUCCCGGGUCGUCAAGGACCCGUGUUCGUAUGAGCUCACUCCAAUCACCUCCAUCCCAGGACAAUGGCAGUGUGUCCAGCUCCAUUGGAUUUCCUUCUAUCGUUUCCAGCCCGGCACUCGAGGCGCAACGACGCCCACGUCCAUCUAGACCUCCCUCUCGACCUUUGUCGCCCAUUCGAAAUCCGAUUGCCGCAAAGCCAGGAACGCCCCUGUCUUCAUCGUCCACUGACGCCAAGAAGAUACUGCAAUUAAUGAAAACUACGUGUGGGAGGAUGCAAGGCGUUCUUUCCUUUAGGAAUUCGGUGGCUAGUCCUUGGGCGUCUGGCUAUUGUGCUAUCAACGUAGCUUCCGGGAGUCUGAUAUAUCAGACGAAAGGGGAGGUGAAUUUAGCCAAGACCCUCAUCAAUGACCUUCGAGGAUGCCAAGUGCGGACUUUGUAUGACGCCGAAAGCAGGUCUACAUUCCUAGCCGUAUCUACACUAAGGACUACUUCAGGUAUCCACUUAAAGCCACAUGUACCAGAAACAUUUGAUCAAUGGCUUGCGGCGUUGCUAUGCUGGCAGCCGAUAAGGCCCAAAGGCGCUCAGAACAAAAUGAGCAAACCACAAGAUCCAAAGAUUGGGGAAAAGAAACUGGGCGACGGCAAAGGUGAUUCUGACGGCGCCUCUGGGAAAGAUGCAUCGAUCAUAAAAGUUGGUAAGAUGUUAAUGUGGGAAAAAAAUCCUCAGCCGAGAUCGACCUCUCCUUUACCUACCGAUCGGAGGGUAUCGAUUUACAGACCUAUCAAGUCCUUAUCCAAGAACUGGAGGAAAGUUUCAUGCACGCUUCAGGAGAAUGGCCACUUCAAGAUCUAUUUGGAGCCCGAGUCGACCCUCGAGGCUGUCAUACCACUGUCUCAAUUAUCAAGGUGUGCUGUCCAGCGGCUAGAUCCCUCGAUAUUGGACGAUGAAUAUUGUAUUGCCAUCUAUACUCAGUAUACAUUGACCAACUCGUCGAUCAAUUCUGUAUCAAGUAUUUAUUUCUCACUAGACUCUCGGGUCCUCUUUGAGGUGUGGUUCGUACUCCUCAGAGCGUUCACAGUACCUGAGCUUUACGGGCCUGACCAAUUGUCAAUCGAUUCUCAGUCAAGAGCUUUGGAUUCGGCCUCAGCCUCUGCCAAUCCGCCACCUACAGAUAUGUUCCGAGUCGAGAGAAUACUCUCGCUUCGGAUCAUAGAAGCAAAGCUGGAUGGGCCAAGGCAGAAUUCAUCUCACGGCCCUGAAAAGCAUCUUAAACCUCAGGGCUGGAAACCACAGACUACCGGCAAUUAUUAUGCCGAGAUUCAAUUCGAUGGCGAAGUAAGGGCGAGAACGUCCACGAAGCCAGAGACAAGCAAUCCUUUCUUUCGGGAAGACUUCGAAUUCUCUGAUCUUCCGCCCGUUUUCUCAAGCUCUGCGAUUGAAUUGAAAAGCCGUAACCCGGGCCAAAAAGCUUGGUCAUUGACUAGAGCACCUUCGGACCUCAAAAGAGGAGACAUCAAUCCGGCAACGAUCGAUGGGGAUGUUCAGGUUUCGCCAUUGGACUUAGUCUACGGCAAAGUUGACAUCAGACUAGACAGUCUAGAGCGUGCAACAGACACGGAAAGGUGGUGGCAACUGAUCAACGACCAAGAGGAUGUUGUAGGGGAAAUGCUUAUGCGAAUUCGGGUUGACGAGCUCGUUGUGUCAAUGGGCCGCGAUUAUGCUAUGAUCUCUGAGACUCUACAUUCAUUCUCGAAUGGCUUGACCAAUCAGAUCACCCAAGUGGCUCAUAUAGAACUGAAACGGCUUUCAGAAAUCCUGUUGAAUAUCUUCCAGGUCUCAGGCCAUGCCAGUGCCUGGCUCAUGUCACUCGUGGAGGAAGAAAUUGACACAAGCCACAAAGAAACUCCUAUGUCGAAAUUUAGGUAUAGAAGGGGAAUAGCUUCCCAAGACGCGCUAGAAUCGAGCGUCGAGCGUGAGAUGUGGGUGAGAGAUAUGGGAAAGAACGCUACUAUUGAGGCGAACUUACUCUUUCGGGGCAACACAUUACUGACAAAGGCAUUGGACUCUCACAUGCGCCGCUUAGGAAAGGAGUAUUUAGACGAGACUCUGAGCGAGAGAAUGAGGGAUAUUGCGGAGAGCGACCCUGACUGUGAAGUCGAUCCACACCGGGUGUCGAGCUCAGAUGACCUACAGCGCAAUUGGAGGAACCUAACGGCAUUGACAGAGAACGUAUGGCAGGCUGUUUUGGCUUCAGCUCCACGUUGCCCUCCGGAGUUGCGAAUCAUCUUUCGUCGCAUUCGAGACUGUGCUGAAGAUCGAUAUGGCGGCUUUCUGCGGACGGUAGCCUACAGCAGUGUCUCCGGUUUCCUUUUCUUAAGGUUUUUCUGUCCUGCAGUGCUCAAUCCUAAGCUCUUCGGCUUGCUCAAAGAUCAUCCUAGGCCUCGCGCACAAAGAACACUGACCUUGAUUACGAAGACCUUGCAAAUGCUAGCUAAUCUCAACACCUUUGGCAGCAAAGAGCCUUGGAUGGAACCCAUGAAUGUAUUUCUGACUAGUCAUCGACCGGGGUUCAAGGCUUUCAUUGACAAAGUCUGUGACAUCAGCUCAGAGCGUGCAACUUCCGCUAUUCCCCCUUCCUACGCUACUCCGAUCACGAUCCUGAACCGGCUACCAGGCACAAGCAAGGAAGGCUUUCCCAGUCUGCCAUAUCUCAUUGAUCAAGCCAGGGAAUGCGCAAAUCUUGUCGAUGUGUGGCUAGAUGCACGACAUGAGGUUGACAGUGGAGUUGAGUGGAGCAAAGAAUUGCAAUAUUUCGACGAGCUCUGUGAAGCGUCUCGCGAUAAAGCCAGAGAGUGUUUGUCACGCGCCGAGCAAGCAGAGAGACCUAGUGGCGUGCUGGAGCCGAAAUGGGAGGAACUCGUCGAGCAAAUGGAAAGAAAAGCCCGCUUUAGAGAAGCCAAUGGCAGCAACGGUUCUCCAAAUACCCCAGCCGGCGAUGGAUCUGGCUCUCGGACCUUGAAUAGCAGCACCUCAAGCUUCGCAGACAGCUAUUUCCAUCAGAGACACCACGCGAACCGCAGCUCACCCGCAGCAUCUCGCCUUGCAAUAGCACGCAGCCCUAUAUCACCCAGCUCACCUCUUUCAGUUGAGGAGAUUACAUCCGAAGAAACAGGGUCGGAGACAACGGGUACGCCACCCGGCUCUUCGUCCGGCGCAUGGGAUUCAGGUACUUCUCCAACUUUUCCAGAUACGGUCAAAAGGCGUAAUCAGCAUCGUAUACUACAAGACGAAGAAGAUGGAGAAGAAGAUGAGGAUUUCUCCGACCUAGACAUCGAAAAUAACUCCGACAUUUUGGGCUCAUCCAUCUACUCUUUGGGGAAGACACGAUCCAAGCGUGAUUCCGCCGCUACGAAUAAGACUAUCACUCCAGCUACCAAAUACUUUGCCCCUAUCAACAGUAAGUGGCGGCAUCAUCAGGAGAAAGGUCAGCAGAGCCAGUAUUCGCUGCAGCGAUCGGCAGAACGGGCGGAGAUGGCGAGGCAUAAAGCUGGCAUGGCAAAUAGAUCGAGAGACGAAACGCCCUCGGGGGAGGGAAGAGCAUGUAUCGAUUGA